UGAGAAAGCUCAAAGGUCAGCACAGCUCAGGCGCAGAUGUUUGUGAUUUAUUCACCUAGACGCUAGAAGAAAAGUAACUUUGAAGCUUGUACGGUACGUUGACAAAUAAAGGAUCAGCUCAAAUAAGCUUGAAUAAUGAUUAAAUGAGGAAACAGGAACUUGACACUGCAGAAGAUAUGGCCAAGCAUCAUCCAGAUUUAAUUAUGUGCCGCAAGCAGCCAGGAAUUGCUAUUGGACGUGUAUGUGACAAAUGUGAUGGUAAGUGUGUAAUCUGUGACUCCAUGGUGCGUCCUUGCACCCUUGUUCGGGUUUGUGAUCAAUGCAAUUAUGGCUCCUUCCAGGGACGUUGCGUUGUCUGUGGAGGGAUUGGGAUUUCUGAUGCCUAUUACUGCAAAGAGUGUACGCAGCUGGAGAAAGAUAGAGAUGGGUGUCCAAAAAUCGUCAAUUUGGGAAGCGCCAAAACUGAUUUAUUCUAUGAAAGAAAGAAAUAUGGUUUCAAAAAACGAUGAAAACAGGUAAUCCUUUUUCUACUGGUUGCUUGAGAUCAUUCCUUGUGUUCUAAAAGUGGUGGUAGCAAACUUGCAUUAUGGGAGUCUUAGGGGUAAAACUGCAUUAUUUAUGGUAGUCUUCUUUAAACAGAUUUCAUGGUUACUCAGGCUUAAAAGUAAUCAAAGGAAUGUUCCAUCUAUUCCUUUGAUAAUGUUGUCGUUGAUGAUGUUCUUGGCUCCUUGUCAUUGAAGUAUGCCUCUUUACACUGUUUGUAAAUUUUACCUGUGAUUAAGCAAAGUUGUGUAUUUUGGUAGCUAAUUGGUGAGCUGAAUAUUUACUAUGGGCAAGAUCCUUUGUCUUUCCCAUGUCAGCCAUCAUUGUUGGGCAUUCUUCUAAUUUUGUUAUUUUGGAAACUAGGAAACAGAAUUUUUGAUCUUUCAGUCGCAUGUUUGGCAGUUCCUAAUGUUCUUUUUAGGUCAUACAAUAGGAAAUCAUUCAGUGUCAUUUGUCUUUGGAAAGUUCAUCAAUUCCACGAUUAAUACAUAAGUCACGUCUAGAACGCGGGAAUAGAGAAUUAGAAAUCAAUUCCAUUCUCAUUCAUUAACAUAUGAGAAUUGUUUUUUUAAAAUGGGAAUAGCGAUAAAAAAAAACUUAAUAUUAUGGAAAUUAAAUUUCAUUCUCACUCAGAUUUUGAUUCUUCUUUUCUAUAUGAUAUUAAGAUUCAUCUUCAUUCCCAUCCUGUUUUUAUUCUUAUUCCCACAUUUUAAACAUGCGUGCAUCUUUCCCAAAUGAAGCGCAUCAAUGAUAUCUCCAAGUGAUCCAUUCAUUCUCUUUGAAUUUUCAUUGUUGGAGAAGAGGUGCUAGUUUUGUUGUGAUUUUGUUUACAAUGUCAAUAAUCAUGACCUGUGAUUAAAUUGAAGCUGAGUAUUUUUCUGUGGUC